AUGGCUUUUCAGUAUAUAGAACCUUAUUACCCUCAUCCUCCUCCUCCUCCUCAUCCUGGACAACACCGACGACAACCUCUGCAUUUAAUGGACGAUGACUAUCAUUAUUUUCCACUGCCUCCUCGAGCAAGAGGAAGAGGCCCACCUCAGCCUCAUCAGCAUCAUCCAUCUCAUCUAUAUCCUUCGGCUUCGCUGCAUGACCAUAUCUACGGACAACCACCACCAGCACCAGCGCCAUAUCAACUGUAUCCACAACACGAUCAUCAUCGCAUCUAUCCAGAUUGUUAUGAAUCUCUACCAAAGCAUCGUAAGCGCCGACAUAAAUUAGCACGAUCUUCAUCGACGGGCCAUCUUUAUGGAGAAUAUGAAUCAGGAGAUGACGACAAAGAUUAUAGCUGGUACUAUGAAGAGCCAGAACAACACGUGCCCCAGUAUUAUGAUCAUCGUAAUGGUCGCCGUCGUCGUUGUCGUAGCAAUAGUAACAACAGUGCUACAAAAUUUCACAAUCGACCUCUGGAUGCUGAAACCGCCAUUGAUCUGAAUAGUUAUACGCAUAUUGAUGGAGAGCCUAUGAAUGAGCUGGAGGUGCUAGCGGCAAAGAAUGCAGCUAUCAAUGAAAGAAAGAGUCGCAUUAUUUACCAAGAAGAAGACUACGAUCAGCCAGAAGAACAAGCACAACCAUUGAAAGAGACGAUUGAAGUAGCAGCGCCAACAGCAGCGGCAUCCACAACAGCAGUGGCUACAUCUCCAGAGACAGCGAAAGAAACAACCACAACAGAAGCAUUGUCAAAUGAAGCAACAUUGAUAGACGAUCAAAAUCUAUCAAACAUGUUAGAAGCACUCACAAUGACAGAAUCGAAUGCAUCCACCGUCGUUGAACCUAUAGCAGUUGGGAGUAAAGAACCAUCACCACAACCCAUCAAAAAGAAACGAUGGCCAUUUGCCUAUUUAUUCAAAAAACCAACAGCUAUUACCACAGCAUCAGCAACAACAGACCGAGGCAAGAUUGAGCCCACCAAGAGCCAUAGCACACCACCUACACCUGUACUUACACCCGACACUUUUACCAACUCUAACAUUUCAUCAACCAACACUUCUGCCACCAUAUCUCCUCAGCAUCAAAUUUCAUCUCAUGGGUUUUGGGCUUUUCGAGUUCCCAUGACACAAGUCUGGUAUCGAUUUGAUAAUGAAAACCAAACCAAGAUUCUCGAACACGUGAGUCAUCCCAAUGGUAUUCUACAGGUAACAGAUUCACACAUGGGUCGUGGCCAAGUACCCAUUGUAGUAUUACCGUUCCAAAAAAUCUGCUAUUAUCCUACAGACGCAAGCUUGCAUCAAUUAGCCUGUUUGGAAUUAAGCUUCAUGCCUGCUGCGAUUGGUGGGACAUUAUAUUAA